UUUUUUUUUUUUUUUUGCGUUUGCUAGUGAAAGGCAUGUUCCGAACUAUUCCACUAUGUAAAUUAACAGUAAAUCCCUUCAAAGAAAAGAGCAUUUGUGAGUGUUUUCAGUGGCAGCAAAGAAGUGGGAGGCCUCGGAGAAAGGAGAAGGAGCCCCAUGAGAUAGAGAAGCAGGGGAGUCACAGCAAGGAGGGGGCAGCCAGCCAGAACUGGGAAAUGAUGUGGGGGCAGGGGCAUUGGAGGUAGGCCUGGUUUCCUGCUGUCCCUGCAAGAGCAGAGGAGGAGAUCAUCUGAGAUCCAGUGAGUCACCCAUCCAGUUGACUUCCCAAGAGUCUGGACCUGGCCUCCUACCAGGGCACCUCGUUGAUGGUGUGGUCCACAAUCUGCCUUAUAUAUCCUGGGGCUGUGGCUUGGAAUAUGAUUAUGCUUAGAACAUAUUGCUUAGAACACGUUUAUGUUCUAAGCAAUCUGAGGUACGGUCGCUAAUUUAGGAGCACAAAGUAUUUCCUGAUUUAGUAUUCUACUUAGAAGGCCAUUUGAACCUUGGCAAACGUUUGUGAAAUAAUUUUCAAAUAUUUGGGACUGAAGCAGAUAAUAUCCAGGCUCAGUGGCACACUCCUAUAGUCCCAGCUACUUGGGAGACUGAGGCAGGAGGAUUACUUGUGCCCAAAAGUUGAAUCUAGUCUGGGCAACAUAGCAAGACACCAUCUCCAAAAAUAUAUUGCAUGAGCCAAUAAAUUCACUAUUGAAACAAUAAAACAGAUAACGUCAAUCCCAGUUACAUGACCUUUUGUCAGCUCAUGACUCUAUUGUGCAUUUAAAAUUGCUAUAAAUUAUUCGUUUUCCUUCACAUUUAAUUUUCUAAAUUUUCUUAUUCUCCCCAUGUUAAAUCAUAGUAUCUUCCUAACUAUUCAGUAUUUGGCUUUGUUGGGGUUUGUUGUUGUUUGAGAGAGGGUCUCACUCUGUUGCCCAUGCUGUAGAGCCGAGGUGUGAUCUCAGCUCACUGCAGCCUGGAACUCCUGGGCUCAAGCAGUACUCCCACCUCUCAGUCUCCUGAGUAGCUGGGACUGCAGGCAUGCGCCUCCACACUCAGCUAAUUUUUGUAUUUUUUUUGUAGACACGGGGUUUCACCUUGUUGCCCAGGCUGGUCUCGAACCUCUGGGCUCAAGCCAUCCACCGGCCUCGGCCUCCCAAAGUGCUGGGAUUAUAGGCGUGAGCCAUUGCAACCAGCCUUGAUUUAUUGUUUUUUAAGUAGCAGGAGUAAUUUCUUUAGCUGAAAUGUAAGCAUAGAGGUUGGGACCUGUGUGCUAACCUGUGUUGUGUUUGCAGUUGUAAUUUAGAUUUGAGAAGUGGUUUAUCCUUUGACUGGAAAAGAAAAGUAGCUGCAGUAUUCCCCCAGCACUUGCUGAGAGCAUGCCUUAUGCCAGGCUGUGAGGCUCGAGAGACAAGCAGUGGAAGAGUUGCGGCCUGUUUCAUCUCUGCAUUGUAAAUCUGAGCCUCCUUCUGGCCCCUGGAAGGGGACAGCAUCACCAUGGAAUAGUGUGUCCCGUUGCCUGUUGGAUCUGUCUCCAUCUUCACUCAGACAGAAGGCUAUAGAAAGAUGCCUGUGACUUCAGAUUCCUAACCAGCAUAAUGCUGGAGCCGGGAGCCACCAGCCUGCAGUUUUCAGAAUGGCCGUGUUGGACACUGAUUUGGAUCACAUUCUUCCAUCUUCUGUUCUUCCUCCAUUCUGGGCUAAGUUAGUAGUGGGAUUGGUUGCCAUUGUGUGUUUUGCACGCAGCUAUGAUGGAGACUUUGUCUUUGAUGACUCAGAAGCUAUUGUUAACAAUAAGGACCUCCAAGCAGAAACGCCUCUUGGGGACCUGUGGCACCAUGACUUCUGGGGCAGUAGACUGAGCAGCAACACCAGCCACAAGUCCUACCGGCCUCUCACCGUCCUGACUUUCAGGAUUAACUACUACCUCUCGGGAGGCUUCCACCCCAUGGGCUUUCACGUGGUCAACAUCCUCCUGCACAGUGGCAUCUCUGUCCUCAUGGUGGACGUCUUCUCGGUUCUGUUUGGCGGCCUGCAGUACACCAGUAAAGGCCGGAGGCUGCACCUCGCCCCCAGGUCAUCCCUGCUGGCCGCGCUGCUGUUUGCUGUCCAUCCUGUGCACACCGAGUGUGUUGCUGGUGUUGUCGGCCGUGCAGACCUCCUGUGUGCCCUGUUCUUCUUGUUAUCUUUCCUUGGCUACUGUAAAGCAUUUAGAGAAAGUAACAAGGAGGGAGCGCAUUCUUCCACCUUCUGGGUGCUGCUGAGUAUCUUUCUGGGAGCAGUGGCCAUGCUGUGCAAAGAGCAAGGGAUCACCGUGCUGGGUUUAAAUGCGGUAUUUGACAUCUUGGUGAUAGGCAAAUUCAAUGUUCUGGAAAUUGUCCAGAAGGUACUACAUAAGGACAAGUCAUUAGAGAAUCUCGGCAUGCUCAGGAACGGGGGCCUCCUCUUCAGGAUGACCCUGCUCACCUCUGGAGGGGCCGGGAUGCUCUACGUGCGCUGGAGGAUCAUGGGCACGGGCCCGCCGGCCUUCACCGAGGUGGACAACCCGGCCUCCUUUGCUGACAGCAUGCUGGUGAGGGCCAUAAACUACAAUUACUACUAUUCACUGAAUGCCUGGCUGCUGCUGUGUCCCUGGUGGCUGUGUUUUGAUUGGUCAAUGGGCUGCAUCCCCCUCAUUAAGUCCGUCAGCGACUGGAGGGUAAUUGCACUUGCAGCACUCUGGUUCUGCCUAAUUGGCCUAAUAUGCCAAGCCCUGUGCUCUGAAGACAGCCACAAGAGAAGGAUCCUUACUCUGGGCCUGGGAUUUCUCGUUAUCCCAUUUCUCCCCGCAAGUAACCUGUUCUUCCGAGUGGGCUUCGUGGUCGCGGAGCGUGUCCUCUACCUCCCCAGCGUUGGGUACUGUGUGCUGCUGACUUUUGGAUUCGGAGCCCUGAGCAAACAUACCAAGAAAAAGAAACUCAUUGCCGCUGUUGUGUUGGGGAUCUUAUUCAUCAACAUGCUGAGAUGUGUGGUGCGCAGCGGCGAGUGGCGAAGUGAGGAACAGCUUUUCAGAAGUGCUCUGUCUGUGUGUCCCCUCAAUGCUAAGGUUCACUACAACAUUGGCAAAAACUUGGCUGAUAAAGGCAACCAGACAGCCGCCAUCAGAUACUACCGGGAAGCUGUAAGAUUAAAUCCCAAGUAUGUUCAUGCCAUGAAUAAUCUUGGGAAUAUCUUAAAAGAAAGGAAUGAGCUACAGGAAGCUGAGGAGCUGCUGUCUUUGGCUGUUCAAAUACAGCCAGACUUUGCUGCUGCGUGGAUGAAUCUAGGCAUAGUGCAGAACAGCCUGAAACGGUUUGAAGCGGCAGAGCAAAGUUACCGGAUGGCAAUUAAACACAGAAGGAAAUACCCAGAUUGUUACUACAACCUUGGGCGUCUGUAUGCAGAUCUCAAUCGCCACGUGGAUGCCUUGAAUGCGUGGAGAAAUGCCACCGUGCUGAAACCAGAGCACAGCCUGGCCUGGAACAACAUGAUUAUACUCCUUGACAAUACAGGUAAUUUAGCCCAAGCUGAAGCAGUUGGAAGAGAGGCGCUGGAAUUAAUACCUAAUGAUCACUCUCUCAUGUUCUCGUUGGCAAACGUGCUGGGGAAAUCCCAGAAAUACAAGGAAUCUGAAGCUUUAUUCCUCAAGGCAAUUAAAGCAAAUCCAAAUGCUGCAAGUUACCAUGGUAAUUUGGCUGUGCUUUAUCAUCGCUGGGGACAUCUAGACUUGGCCAAGAAACACUAUGAAAUCUCCUUGCAGCUUGACCCCAUGGCAUCAGGAACUAAGGAGAAUUAUGGUCUGCUAAGAAGAAAGCUAGAACUAAUGCAAAAGAAAGACGUCUGAUCCUUUUUCCUUCCUGUUUUGAGUUUGAGUGUGUGUGUGCAUGAGGCAUAUCAUUAAUAGUAUGUGGUUACAUUUAACCAUUUAAAAGUCUUAGACAUGUUAUGUUACUGAUUUUUUUCUAUGAAAACAAAGACAUGCAAAAAGAUUAUAGCACCAGCAAUAUACUCUUGAAUGCUUGAUAUGAUUUUUCAUUGAAAUUGUAUUUUUUCAGACAACUCAAAUGUAAUUCUAAAAUUCCAAAAUUGUCUUUUUUAAUUAAACAGAAAAAGAUAAAAAAUUAUCUUGAGCAACUUUUAGUAGAAUUGAACUUACAUUUGGGAUCUGAGCCUUGUCGUGUUUGGACUAGCACUAUUAAACUUCAAUUAUGACCAAGAAAGGAUAGACUGACCCCUACAAUUUGUAAAAAUAUUGAAUGUGUCUAUAUAUUAGCAUUUUUAUUUAAUGACAAAGCAAAUUAAGUUUUUUAUCUCUUUUUUUAAAACAAUAUACUGUGAACUUUGUAAGGAAAUAUUUAUUUGUAUUUUUAUGUUUUGAAUAGGGCAAAUAAUCGAAUGAGGAAUGGAAGUUUUAACGUAGUAUAUCUACAUGCUUUUCCCCAUAGGAAGAAAUUGACUCUUGCAGUUUUUGGAUGCUCCGACUUGUGCAAUUUCAAUACAUAGGAGAUUAUGUAAUGUAAUAUUUUACAUAAACGGUUACUAUCAAUUGAAAGUUCAAGCCAUGCUUUAGGCAAGAGCAGGCAGCCUCACAUCUUUAUUUUUGUUACAUCCAAGGUGAAGAGGGCAACACGUCUGUGUAAGUUGCUUUUUAGUGUUUUUAACUGAAAAGCCGUUUUCCAUUUUGCUUAAUGGAACUACAGACAUUAUCCAGAAAAUGUAAAAUUUUCUCUCAAUUGGAGCCACAUUCGGGGAAUUUGUGCUAUUUUUAAGAAUUGAGUUGUUCCUGCUGUUUUUUAUUUGAUCCAAACAAUGUUUUGUUUUGUUCUCUGUAUGCUGUUGACCUAAUGAUUUAUGCAAUCUCUGUAAUUUCUUAUGCAGUAAAAUUAUUACACAAACUAGCA